CACCGGCAAACCGAUCUCGACGCACACGCGCGCCCAAGGUUCGCUACGCCAAGCAACGCCGGCCCCUCGCGGCCAGGAGCCCUGCAAGGCGCUUCCACACCCUAAAACACGACACCGAUCCAUCUGGGGGGCACAGUACCAGCGCCGGCGUUAGCAAACAGGGCUCCGCGGGCUAAAGAGAUGGAAAUCGUCCCCGAGGGAAAAAACUUCCGAUUGGUAACCGAAGACGAGCUCCCAGCGGUCGCCGAUAUCUUAGUGCAGUAUAUGCCUGAAUCUUUAAAGUUUCAUCAAACGAUUCAAACAUAUCUAAACAACAAGGUGUGGGACUUCCAUUUUUAUGUAGCGAAAAAUUGGCCGGAGGAUCCGAUUUGCCUACAUUUCCCUGGAUGUACUAGCACGCCAAACAGUCAAAUUUAUGAGAGCGUAACUAUAUUCUGUCCAUCGGAGCGCGCAGAAUUGGUUGAUUUGUUGACAUCCGAAGACGUGUUACUUGAUCUAACACAACCAUUGUACCUGAACUUCACUCACCAGGCUAUUGUUGGCCGCUUUGAAAAGCGCUAUGAAGCCCAUGACAAAAUCACUGGUGAUGUUUACGUGUGUGACAAACCACCUGAAGAACCCACUACUGAUGAACUGCCACCGGACGUGGAGCUAGUUCGUUUACAGCCAGAACAUAUGAAGGCAGUCCACGAUUUGUACCCAGCUAGUGAUAUCGAAUGCCGAGAAGUUUUCGAAAAGCUAGUUGCAGAACUGCCUGCAUAUGGAAUAUUUGUUGAAGGGCAGUUGGCCGCUUGGAUGGUACAAUCCUAUUAUGGAGCCAUGUUUUCAAUGCAAACGCGACCUGAAUUUCGUAGGAAAGGCUAUGGGAUUUUCUUAGCGAGGCGCCUAACCAAGGAGGUCGCCGCUCGAGGCUAUAAGCCGUUUGUCGUGAUUCGUCCGGAAAAUGACGCGUCCCGUUCCCUCUACUCCAAACUCGGUUUCGAGAAACGUUUCCGAACGGUGCGCGCCGUUUUGCGUCCUCGCUAAUGCGUUAAAGUUGAUCACUAGCAGAUUUUAUUUUUUUAAGACUUUUGAAAAAAAUCAAUUUAGCUUACGAUCUUUGAUCGUUUAGAAAACUUUAGUAGUAGCUAUAAGACGGAGCGGCUCUUGCUUUUGAUAUGCAUUUUGUUACGGAUAUAUGUUUUUUUUUUUCAAUGUAUGUAAUGAAGUUCAUCAACCAUAAAUUAUGGUAAAAUAUAACCAUUCAAUCUGUUUGCGUUAAAUAUCACGGAGUAAAAUUAAAGUAUUAUUUUAUAGUAUUGUUAUAUCUAGAAAAGUGGACUUAGUAGAAAUCAUAUUUAUAGUUCAAAUUACACGCGGUUUCAAAAGCGAUAGCCGUUCGCUGCGUUUUAGCGCCAGCCUAGUUUCUGAUCUUAACGACGCUAACUUGUCAAGAAAUUUGGAGUCUUGGACCAGACGAACGAUUCAAUCUACUUAACGCUAUUAUUCCGUUAGCAUCCAAAAAGUUGACACUCAUUGUAACGCUCAAUUUUAAAGAAUCUUAGAACGGUUUAAUUUAUUUGACGGUAUUAAGAUGCAACAUACUUCUUGACAUAGUUAACUUCUACAAAUAUCUCAUUUAGGCGAACGCUUCAUUAUCACUCGUUGAUCGAGCGGAACUGUCUAUCUCAUGGUUUAUAAAAUUUUGGGACCCGUAAUGAUCUCUAUGAUUAAUUAAACGUAUUCCUACUUAUCACGAUACAGUAUACGUGCAAACCUGGGCCCUGGGUAAAUUGUACAUGAGAAAUGCAUGAGAAGAAAGUUACCGUCGUAGCACUCGCGAGUUGCACAAUUCUUCGAAAGAUUUAAGCACCAUUAUUGUUCAUCUGACGCUAGGAAUACGGUUCUAUAAAAGUUUAAGGCUAUAAUUUUUACGACAUUCAACCAAAAUCAAACUAUCCGGCGAGAUUAUUAAACAUCCUUUCAGUCAACUAGGUAUUGAUAGAUUUUGAUAAAGGAUUACAUGUUGGGAGAGGUACAUACAUUUUCAUUUAUUUUAUACUUUUGCUAUUUUUUGAUAUAAUUAAAGGAUAUUGAAAAGGCUGGAACAAAGAAUAUUGAAAGUUAGUGUGACACGCGUUUUAUACAUAUAAUAAUUAUUCGUAGUCUACGAUAGUUUAAACUGUUUUUGAUAACUGUUUUUCGUUUUAAUAUGAAUUUUGUAGGUACUAUGUUAUAAAAGAGAACAAUGACGGAUAACGCGUAAAAAUCAUUAAACAAUUUGAUACAAAAAAGUAGAUAGGUAGGUAUUUUAAUACGGGAAACUAUUUUACAAUUAUAUAUCGGCGUAGAUAAUUCGAAACGUUUAUAUCCGUGAUGUAUCAAAAAAAUGAAAGUAUGUUAAUUUAUUAAGCAUUUUUUUUUAUUACUUUUACUAUUUGUGAUCUAAUUACGUACUUACUAGUUUUGUAUUAGUGUAUAAUAUGUUUAGUUUGCUUUAUAUAAACAUGGAUUUGUAUAUCUGACUGUACAACAACAUUUGGAAAGAAUGGACGAAAAGGCGGGAAGUUUUGACAGUGAACGUUUUUUAACCGUUUUCAUAGAAUAUCAAAAUGAUGUAUGUUUGAACAACAAAAUAAUAUUAUUUUACCCUACAAUUGGUUCGAAUGGCACUUUUUAAAAUUGGCACAUAGCUUAAUUUAAAAAAUUGGCAUUGAAACAAAUGAUUGCUCAAAAUUUUCGAGCUUCCACAAUACAUUAAAAAAUUGUGUGCGUCAUUCGAUUAAACAAGAGAAGGCCAAAGUUACCUUUAAAAAUUUUAAUAAAAUAAAUGAUUUUUCCGUACUUAUUACAAUUUAACGAAAAAUAAACCGUAGGAUAAUUAUGAACAGUUUAAUGAUAAUUAUGUGCAUUCUUGAAUUCAUGUCUAAUUGUGUGUUUCAAAUAAGUAGAUGUAUGUAGCGAUUUGAGAAUUCUGAUACACAGUAUAUGUAUGAAUAACACAAGCACAUUUCGAAUUAUAUCCAUUUAAAUUUUAAAGUCGUACCUACGCAUUACGCGAUACAUUAAAUAUCAACACUCGAUCUACAUACAUCUACUUAUUUAAAAGUGCAAGAAUCAUUAAUAACAUGCAAUCAUGCUAAAUGCUUUCCACAUUCCUACUCUACGUAGGUACGAUUAAGUAGUUUGAAAAAAAAAUCUUGAAAUUAUUAAUUAUAAGAGCAGUUUUCAGAACACUUUCCCUUGCCUAAAUAAACAAUGAUGAUAUCAGGACAUUACUCCGUCCUCGACACUGCAGUUGAAGCAAAAUGUAAUCGCAUAUAUUUUAAAUAAUAUAUUUCAAUCUUCUGCAGCUACACAAAUAAUGUAGUGUCCGUUCUGUAUUGUUUAUCACAUUGACCUUGCAAAGGUAUCAAGAAAUUAAUAAAAUGAUAUA